AUGUUGGCUAAAACAUCAGCAGUAACAGCAGUGCUACUCGGUACGGGCACAAUUUUGGCUUUGUUGAUGGCCAUCUCAGAGAUUCUCAACGAUAUCCAGGACAUUGAAAAUGAACUCAAUCUCGAAAUGGACACAUUUCGGGUGAGAUCCAGUGAUAUGUGGAAGGACAUGGUUGCGAUGGGCGCGAAGGAUCGUUUCCGUCGCCAAUCUUAUUAUGACUCCUCUCCAGCUCAAGCUCAGGCACAAGCACCUCGACGGCUUCCUGAAGCGCUUCCACCAAGUCAAGCACCUCCAUCUAAAAAGCAAGCGAAAAAGUGCAAUUGCAACGCUGAAAAUAAAUGCCCAGCAGGCUCACCCGGACCGAAAGGUAAACCUGGUGCUGAUGGUAUGGACGGAGCUGAUGGCACGAAUGCACAGGACGGAACAGAUUCAGAUGAUGUUCAAGCCCAACAACAGCAAUACGACAAAUGUUUCCAUUGUCCACCUGGACCACAAGGACUAACAGGACCGCAAGGACGACCAGGCCCACGAGGAAUGCGUGGUUCCAGAGGACAAGCUGGUAUGCCUGGGCGGGAUGGUCAACCCGGCUUCCCUGGACAGAUGGGGCCAAAUGGAUCACCUGGAAUCGUAGGAUUAGAGGGACCGCAAGGCGAUACUGGAGAGAACACUGAACAUAUGGUGGGAAGAAGGGGAUUGAAAGGAGUGCCAGGACCACCGGGUGACGAAGGGAAUCAAGGCGAAAGAGGCGAUGUUGGAGUGGUCGGUGUGACUGGACCUCCUGGAGAGCGUGGAUCUGAAGGAGAAGCUGGCAAGGAUGGAGAGCAGGGCGCCCCUGGUGAACCAGGCGAAGAAGGAGAGCCGGGUCACGAUGCCGAGUAUUGCCCUUGCCCAAAGAGGAACGAAGAGGACGCAGCGGUGCUUGCGAAUGAAUACCGAAGACGUUACUUCACGCAGUGA